AUGUAUACCACAGAAACACUCCCAUAUGGCUUGACAUACUUCGUAAACUAUGUUUCGAAUAGCGAAGCAGCCAAAACUAAAUGGCGAGGUCUGAGGGACACGUUUCGCAAGGAAUUGAGCAAGAAUCCUAAAAAACGGAGUGGAGACGAAGGAGGAAUCAUCAAAGAGUCUAGAUGGGUCUAUUUUAAAAGCAUGGAAUUUUUGAAGGACCAAUUUCAAAAAAGACAAUUGCAGGGUAAUGUUUCGAGUGAGACAACAUUUGAUGUAGACACCCAGAAUUUAACUACUACUUUUUCUCCUGAUCCCGAUGAUCCUGAUGAUCCCGAUAAUGAAAACUUGAUGAUAAAAUCUCCUCAAAACACAACGAAUACAACUACACCACCACAAAACUUAAAACAAAAAUUACAAUUUUUCAAAGAAAAGAAUUCAGCUUCUCGAAACGAAGAUCCAGAUUAUCAUUUUCUCAUGAGCUUAUUGCCAUAUUUGAGGAAAAUACCAGAAGAAAGAAAAAUGUUUGUGAGGAAUAAAUUACAACAAGUGUUUUGCGAAGAGGAUCUUUUAGGGGAGUUCAGAGGUUAA